UGUGAUCAAAAAACGGCUGUUGGGGACAAAGUACGCAUUCACUACGUAGGCAAACUGGAAGAUGGCAAAGUAUUCGAUUCCAGCUUACAAGAUGGUCGUGAACCAUUUGAAUUUACACUCGGAAAAGGAAUGGUAAUAAAAGGAUGGGAGAAAGGCCUCUUAGACAUGUGUGUCGAUGAGAAACGUCAGUUAACAAUUCCGCCUCAUCUUGCAUACGGAGAACGCGGAUAUCCACCGGUUAUUCCAGGGAACGCUGUUUUAAUAUUCGAAACUCAGUUAAUCGGUAUC